UUAAUUAGACUAUACGUUGACAUUAUGUGGCAGCAGAUGGCGCUCUUAGUACUAUAUUUAUAAAGGAUAUAUACAUAUAAUAUAAGAUAGAGUCAUUAUUGCAAAUAAGUGCAUGUAUUCUCCAAUUUUAUAACACUUUAGUUUCUGUUAUACUAGAUUAUAAAACGUAUUAAUAAGAGGAUAAGUAAUAAAAUAGGGAGUAAAAGUUAUACAAAACAUUAGACUAUGCAGUGAGUUUUUGAGUCACAAAAAGUUAUUAAAAUCUACCAGAAAUAUAGUACAUACUUAGAAUAUUAUUCACAUUGCGCCUGCGCGAACUUCCAUUGGAUUUAAAUAAAUAUGCUAGAAAUGAAUAUUGUUAGGACAGUUUUCAAGCAUAGUGCAAUACAAUCGACCUCGUGGGUAUAAUUUCGAUAACUCAAUAAGAAACGAAGGACUGAAAAGUAAUCGUGUAUGUAGGAGGAUUGCCGUUUUCCAUGGGAUACGAUUUCCUGCUUGGUUUUCCAACGUUUGCCUCCUUUCAACCCCGGAUCCAGGAGGGUGGAACAAAAACGAGCGUCCAGAGGGUAAUAGGGAGAAGAAAUUCCGAGCUUGGCAAAGCGAAGGGAGAGGAGAACGAUUUACCACACCUCGUUUCAGUCCUCGACGACGAUUGGUUCUGGCAGAUCCCGGAGGAUGGAGAUAGAGAAGGUAGCGCGGAAACGAAAGCGGUAGAAAAUGUUGCGGGGUGCCUUCAAGGAGCGAAAAGAGACGACGACGAAGGAGUGACAAGGACAAUCAUUCGCCCUUGAGAUGCAAGGGGGAUGAGACGACUCGUGAAACACCAUCAUCAAGCAUUCAUAAGGUGUAGUAGCCUGUUUAUCAGAAAAAUGCUUCCCAGUCUCCAGUGAAUUCCUUAGGAAUAACUGACGCGUGUCAGCUUUAACAAUUUUUGGAAAAGGAACCCUUUAGAAAAUUCUUUGUGGAAUCGUUAACUGUUCCGUUUUUUUUUUUUAUUAUUAUCAAAUUUAUAGCAAUCAAGCAAAAUGAUAUAGCAAAUUGAUUUAUAGCAAUCAAGAUGUAGCUGCAAUAUUUAAAUUGUAUUUAUUGAAAGAGAAAAAGAGAGAAGAUUGCAUCUUGAAUUACCUUGCUUUUUACGCAUUUGAAUUACUGGUCGUAAAGUAUAUUGUUUUAUAUUACAUUCCCAAUAUAAAUUAGAUUUUUUUAUGGGGAGCCCCAUUCAGCUGUUCCUGUCUAUAAAAUUGAUGGUUUUACGAGAUGACUCUUUUAUCCUCUCCUUCAGAAACUAAUGAUGUGGGCUGAACGGUGCUCCAUCCUGCAGACACGAGAAAAUAAUCGUCAUCCAUCAACAUCGAAUCGAUAUCGUGACACCUUUCGAUUUUUCUUGUCCAGAAAAUAAUCCCCGCUCGAUUAAGAAAAAAUGCUCAAGUUGGUGCUCUUCAAUUAUUCUAUUAUGUUCAACAAUUACUAAAUACAAAUAUUUGCUUCUUAACACUUACUUGAACGAUGAAAGAAA